AAAAGGUCCGGUUGAAGUUCCGCAAAACUUUGUUUCUUAAAACUGAAAAUCUGUGUGACCGUGCGGCGGUUGAAUGCUAAAUACCACACUUGCAUAUGCGAUGCUACCAAACCCAAACGACAAGAAGGAUCGCUAUGCCAAGUUGUCCUUCCUCGGCGAGGGUCAGUUUGCGAUUGUUUAUAAGGCCCGCGACACGGUGACCAGUCAAAUUGUGGCCGUGAAGAAGAUCAAGAAGGGAUCCCGCGAGGACGCGCGCGAUGGCAUCAACAGGACGGCUCUGCGCGAGAUCAAGAUCCUGCAGGAGCUGCAGCACGAAAACAUCAUUGGACUGGUCGACGUUUUCGGCCAGUUAUCGAAUGUCUCUCUCGUUUUCGACUUCAUGGACACCGAUCUGGAAGUGAUUAUCAAGGACACCAAGAUUAUCCUCACUCAGGCGAACAUCAAGGCCUAUGCCAUUAUGACAUUGAAGGGAUUGGAGUAUCUGCACCUCAACUGGAUACUCCAUCGUGAUUUGAAGCCCAACAAUUUGCUGGUCAACAGCGACGGUGUCCUAAAGAUCGGUGACUUUGGCUUGGCCAAGUCGUUCGGCUCACCAAAUCGCAUUUACACACACCACGUGGUCACGCGAUGGUAUCGUUCGCCGGAACUUCUUUUCGGCGCCCGACAAUAUGGAACCGGUGUUGAUAUGUGGGCCGUGGGCUGCAUUUUGGCCGAGCUAAUGUUGCGGGUACCCUUUAUGCCCGGCGACUCGGAUCUGGACCAGUUGACAAGGAUAUUCGCCACGCUGGGAACACCCUCGGAUGCGGAAUGGCCGCAUUUGGGCAAGCUGCACGACUACAUGCAGUUUCGGAAUUUUCCGGGCACUCCGCUUGAGAAUAUCUUUACAGCUGCCGGCAAUGACCUGAUCCACUUAAUGAGUCGUCUGUUUGCCAUGAAUCCUUUGCGACGGGUGUCCUGCCGGGAGGCUCUUAGUAUGCCGUACUUCGGCAACAGGCCCGCUCCCACGGUGGGUCCCAAGCUGCCCAUGCCCUCGUCCAUUUUGGCCGCCAAGGAAGGCGCCAAUCCGCAGGGAGGCGAGGAGAAGCCCCCGCUCAAGCGAAAGCUGGUGGAGACUACCGUUAGGGGCAAUGGAUUGGCCCAGAAGAAGCGGCUUCAGUUCUAGUGUUAGGUAUCUAUUGUUUGUAGAAUCUUUAAUGAAUGCAUUGCAUUAUUUAAACCAAUUUUAUAUUUGUUAUUUGUGAUUGAUUUAUUGUGGGGAAAAAGCUUCGAAAGGCAAUGAAUGCUCUUCUUAUCUUAUCUAAGCUUCUUUUUUUUAUAGGUGAGCAAAGGAAAAAUUUAAGGCUAUUCCUAAAAUGAGAAUGCUAUAAUAAAAUAGCGAAUAAAAAAAUAUGCUGAUUGAUAAUGUAGAAAAAAACAACUCUAAUAAGUUAUUGUUUAACGAA